ACAGGUGAAACAGCUGAGAGAGAAACACGAUCAGACAGGCGGAGGAUGGACAUCACUUCCUGUUUCUGUGCUGUAGCUGCAGCUGUGUACUUCUUCACUGUGCUGUGGAGGUUUAAAGAGGACUGUGGAGCCGGAAACCGGCCAGGUAUUGUCGGGGCCCUCCUCUGGGCCCUCGGUGCCCUUGGUGGGGCCGCUCUGUUUUUCACUGUUCCUCCAGGUGUCUGUGGGUCUGUCCUCCUCGGCUGCAGCUUGAUCCUGAUCUGUGGGACUGACAGGAGAGGGGAGCUGCUGCCAGGACACGGCAGAGCAGUGCUGAUCACAGGCUGUGACUCAGGUUUUGGUCACGCCCUGGCCAACCGGCUCAGUGAGGGCGGAGUGAUGGUGUUUGCUGGCGUGCUGGAUGUGAAUGGAGCUGGAGCUCAGCAGCUGAGAGAAUGCGGGCGUGAAAACCUGCAGGUCCUGCAGCUCGAUGUUACUGACAGCUCCCAGAUAGAGACGGCACACAGGUACAUCUGUGCUCAGGUGGCUGACACAGGUCUGUGGGGUUUGGUGAAUAACGCAGGAGUCCUCUACUGUCCUGUGGACGUGGAGCUCACCCCGUUCAAAGCGUACAGACACUGUGUGGACGUGAACUUCCUGUCUGCUGUGAAGAUGUCUCAGGUGUUCCUCCCUCUGCUGAGGAGGUCCAGAGGACGCAUCGUCAAUGUGUCCAGUGUGGCAGGUGAGGUGCCAAUGCCGAUGUUGGCUGCUUACGGAGCCUCAAAGGCAGCAAUGAGCAAUUUCUCCCAUGUGAUGAGAAUGGAGUUGUCUGAGUGGGGAGUCAAAGUGGCUUUAAUUCAACCUACAGGAUUCAGAACAAAAAUCUUUGGGAACAGCGACGCCGUCUCUCGCUACACAGACGAGAUCCUCUCAUCUGUUUCUUCUGAAGUCAGAGAGGAUUAUGGGGAGGUGUACAUCUCGUCUCUCCCCAGCAGUCUGUCCAAAAUGUCCAGUCAGUGUCUAGCGGACCUGUCUCCCGUGGUGGAGGACAUGCGUCACGCUCUGCUGUCAGUCCAUCCCAAAACCAUGUACAGGCCCGGACAGAUGGCAUGGUUUCUCCCAUUCCUCCAGCGCUGCUGCUCCACCACUGUGUCCGACCCCAUCAUCACGAAGAUCGCUAAACUCACUGACUGUAAACCGGUGGCGCUCAACAGGAGCUGAGGCUCAUGGGAAAAACAUUAUCUGCAGCUGGUGGCUUCAGCUUCACUAGGAUGCAAAAAUCAACUUCAGAGAUGUGAAACUUUCCUUAAAAGACACAUUAUUUUUUGGGUGACAGAGGUCAGAGAGGAGACUGUCAAUAAAACUAAAAAAAAAAACCAUCUUAAACAUCUAAUGCCUGGUUCAUGCUACACGACAUUUUUUGUUCAUUGUGACAGCCACUAUGUUAGAUUAGGCGAUUGUUUCUGUGCUAAUGGCAGUACUCACCAGGUUGCUUCAGUGCCUCUGCUGUUCCAUACCAUCAUUUUUCCCUUUUUACUCUGUUGCAGUAACGUCCCUACACGAAAUAUCUAAAAAUCGCUGUGUUUCUCUUGGUCAAAGUGACUGGCUGUGAUGCGAGAAGUCGUGAAUGACAAAAAGAAAAUCAAAUAUGCUAGACUUUCUGUUAGAAUGUCUUAUGCUGUCCCAGAUGCAGCAUUGGUUGCCGUCUACUAUGACACACUACACGAGAUGAAAUGAUGGAUUAUCGCGUACCACACUCAUUGUUGUUCAUGAUCCAAGCCGACACCAUACGACAGUGUCACGAUAUAAUGGGGCUGAUAUCGUGUAGUGUGAACCAGGCAUAACUCUCAGCCAGAGAUAGAAGAAGUGUCUUUCCCAAAACGCUGAACUCCUCCUUUAAGGGCCAUUUAAAGAAACCACAGAUAUAUACAUGACACAAGACGCACAAACACACUGAGCGAUGCAUUUAAUGCAGGUCUCAUCACGCAGCACAGACUGUAAAAACACUGUGUUCACACCUCUGACAGCCUCUCAAAGACACAUCUUUUCUUUAAAAAACAGGAUGUAUAACAUCCAAUCAGCCUUAAAACACUGAACAUUCUG